GCGAUAGUUCUGUUUUUGUCCUUAUUGUGGGCUUAUCAACGUUAGGAGCAGGUGCAUAUGUGUACAAGACGCUGAAAGAAGACAAAGAGAGAUUCAAUGACCGCAUCGAAGCAAUGGCUAUGAAAUCCCAAGACGUGAAGUCCACCUCUGAAGUGGGUGCUGCCUCCCAGGCCACAACAGCAGCAGAACAGGGGUUGACAACAGCUGAGCAGGGAGCUCCAGAGACAGAUCCGAGUGCUCGCCCUGAAUGUCCAUCCCAUGCUCCUUUUCUGCUAAUUGGUGGAGGCACUGCUGCUUUUGCUGCUGCUCGAUCCAUUCGGGCUCGUGAUCCUGGGGCUAGGGUGCUGAUUGUUUCUGAAGAUCCUGACUUGCCAUAUAUGCGUCCUCCUCUUUCCAAAGAACUGUGGUUUUCAGAGGAUCCGAAUGUCACAGAGACUCUGCGAUUCAAACAGUGGAAUGGCAAAGAGAGAAGUAUAUAUUUUCAGCCGCCUUCUUUCUACGUUCCUGCUCGUGAUCUGCCUUAUAUAGAGAAUGGUGGAGUGGCCGUCCUCAGCGGCAAGAAGGUGGUACAUAUGGAUGUUCGAGGCAAUGUGGUGAAACUUGAUGAUGGAACCCAGAUAUCCUAUGAUAAAUGUUUAAUUGCCACAGGUGGUUCCCCAAGGAAUCUUCCUGCAAUCGAGAGAGCAGGGAAAGAUGUGCAACAAAGGCUGACGCUGUUCCGCAAGAUUGAGGACUUCAGAGCUCUAGAAAAAAUUUCAAGAGAAGUCAAGUCCAUCACCAUUAUUGGCGGCGGCUUCUUGGGUAGUGAGCUGGCCUGUGCUCUGGGAAGAAAGGUACAAGCCACAGGGCUGGAGGUGAUUCAGAUGUUCCCAGAGAACGGCAACAUGGGCAAGGUCCUGCCUGAGUAUCUGAGCAACUGGACAACAGACAAAGUCAAAAGAGAGGGUGUUAAUGUCAUGCCCAAUGCUGUGGUGAAGUCCAUCUGUGUCUGUGGGAACCGGCUGAUAAUUAAACUGAAGGAUGGAAGAAAGGUGGAGACUGAUCACAUGGUGGCAGCAGUGGGCCUGGAGCCCAAUGUGGAGUUAGCAAAGUCUGCUGGCCUGGAGGUGGACUCUGAUUUUGGAGGGUUCAGGGUGAAUGCAGAGCUGCAGGCACGCUCCAACAUCUGGGUUGCAGGAGAUGCCGCCUGCUUCUACGAUAUCAAGCUAGGCAGAAGACGCGUGGAGCAUCAUGAUCAUGCUGUUGUGAGUGGAAGAUUAGCUGGAGAAAACAUGACAGGAGCUGCUAAGCCUUAUUGGCAUCAGUCAAUGUUCUGGAGUGACCUGGGCCCUGACGUCGGAUAUGAAGCCAUUGGCCUUGUAGACAGUAGCUUGCCCACUGUAGGAGUUUUUGCGAAAGCAACUGCAAAAGACACACCGAAGUCUGCAACGGAGCAGUCAGGGACUGGCAUCCGCUCAGAAAGUGAAACAGAAGCAGAAGCCUCUGAGAUUACAAUCUCUGCCAGCUCUCCCUCAACACCUCAAGUUCCAAAGCAAGGAGAAGACUAUGGCAAAGGGGUCAUCUUCUACAUCAGGGAUAAAGUGGUGGUGGGAAUUGUCUUAUGGAACAUCUUCAACAGGAUGCCAAUUGCUCGAAAGAUCAUUAAAGAUGGAGAGGAGCAUGCUGACCUCAAUGAAGUAGCGAAGCUCUUCAACAUCCAUGAAGAUUGAGCCCCUGCUCCAAGACCCGUCUGGCUGGGAUGCAUCGGUGUAAGUGGGGACGCACAUGCUGCAGACUGAGAGCUCGCCCCGCCUCGGAGCGCUGACUCUGUGUUCCGAGUACUUUGUGAAUAUUUCCAGUAAUCUAGAACUCUAACAUUUGCACCAGUAAAUAAAACCAGAUUCUUCUAAAUUCAAGGCCUUUUUCCUAAAGAUGUGAGUUGUUGUGGAAAAAUUAGUCACUUGUUGUUUGCUCCACUAGGGUGAAGGCAGUGUUGUUGUCUGCUCCCCUAACGUUCACAUUCUAGCAGCCUGCAGAGCUACCACCUGGGAUUGAGUGUACACGUUCACACAGUAUUACCCUGGGUGCUUGGCACUUCCAUCCUUCGCUUGCUUUAGGAGGGCAGUUCUUCAAUUCUUGUGUUUCUAGAACUCCAGGCUACCAUCCUGAGAUGCUGGCUAAACUACUGCAAAUUCAGAUGGAGGAAUUUAUGCAGUAAGAGAGGGGGAGAAGAAUCUCAAAUGUGUACUUAAAAAUCACAACAUAGAGUUCUGAUCAUGUAACUGUACCCAUUAUCAAAUAUGUGCUCCCCAGGCAAGUACUUCUAGGCUGGGAACAAGUCAUCCUUUAACCUCUUUUAAGCUAAAUAGAUUGAGCUCCUUGCAUCUUUCACACUAAUGCAUGUUUUCCAUUAAUCAUUCUCAUGGUUCUUCUCGGAACCCUCUCCAGUUUAUCAACAUCCUCCUUGAAUUGUGGACACCAGAACUGGACAUAGUAUUCCUGCAGCA